UACAAUGAUCUUGGAGAUCCAGACAAUGGUCCACUUUAUGCCAGACCAGUUCUUGGGGGUUCUGUAGAGUAUCCUUAUCCGCGAAGAGGAAGAACAGGACGACCACCAUCUAAGGCUGAUCCUAACAGUGAAAGCCGGCUUCCACAAAUAGCUAGCUUUGCAAUUUAUGUCCCGAGGGAUGAAAAGUUUUCGCCUUUAAAGAUGACAGAUGUCCUAAGUAAUUCACAGAAAGCCAUUGCGCAAGUCUUUGCUCCUCAGCUUGCUUCUUUAGGAAAUCUCUCUCUCAAUGAGUUCAACAGCUUUGACGAUGUACUGAAAGUGUAUGAACCUGGAACUCCAGGAUUUCUCAAGUAUCCAACACCACAUGUUAUUAGAGAGGAGAAGUCAGCUUGGAUGUCAGAUGAAGAAUUUGGAAGAGAGACGUUAGCUGGAUUGAACCCUGUGUGCAUAACUGGUCUAAAAGAGUUCCCCCUGACUAGCAAACUGGAUCCAAAAACUUUUGGUGACCAAACAAGCAAAAUAACCAGAGAACAAAUACAGAAUCAGCUAGAUGGAAUGACCAUUGAACAGGCCAUGGAGGUGAACCGACUUUUCAUGCUGAACUACCAUGACAUUGUAAUGCCAUAUGCGAGGAAAGUUAACACUUCUCAUUCAAAGAUUUAUGCCUCAAGAACUGUGCUCUUUCUGCAAAAGGACGGUACUUUGAAGCCACUGGCCAUUGAACUAAGCUUGCCUCAUCCAGAUGGAGAUCAACUUGGCGCUAUAAGCAAAGUAUUCACUCCAGCUGAAAACGGUGUUGAGGGUGCCUUAUGGCAAAUUGCAAAGGCAUUUGUAGCAAUUAAUGAUUCUGGAGUUCAUCAGCUUCUCAGUCACUGGUUACGUACUCAUGCAUCAGUUGAGCCUUUUGUGAUUGCUGCAAAUAGGCAGCUAAGCGUGCUCCAUCCUGUCUAUAAGCUUUUGCAUCCUCACUUCCGUGAUACUAUGCAUAUCAAUGCCUUGGCUCGACAGGCUGUGCUUAAUGCUGGAGGUAUUGUUGAGAAGACUGUUUUCCCAGGACCAUUGUCAAUGGAGUUAACAUCUAUUGCUUACCGGGACUGGGUUUUCCCUGAUCAAGCUCUCCCUGCGGAACUUGUUAAGAGAGGAGUGGCAGUCGAAGAUCCUUCAUCCAAACAUGGUGUCCGCCUACUUAUUGAAGACUAUCCUUAUGCUGUGGAUGGACUUGAAAUCUGGUCAGCAAUCAAAAGUUGGGUACAAGAAUAUAUUUGUUUGUAUUAUAAAUCAGAUGACAUGCUUCAAGUGGACACUGAACUUCAAGCCUGGUGGAAAGAACUCCGUGAAGUAGGACAUGGUGACAAGAAAGAUGAGCCUUGGUGGCCUAAAAUGCAGACACGCCAAGAACUCAUUGACUCAGUGACUAUCAUUAUCUGGAUGGCUUCUGCUCUUCAUGCAGCUGUUAAUUUUGGGCAGUACCCUUAUGGAGGCUUUGCACCAAAUCGCCCUGGUAUGAGCCGAAGGCUUAUUCCCGAGCCAGGAACUCCUGAGUAUGAGGAGUUGAAGGUGAACCCUGUAAAGGGAUAUCUGAAGACAAUUACACCACAGUUCCAGACUCUGAUUGGAAUAUCUGCUCUCGAAGUUUUGUCAACACAUACUUCUGAUGAAAUUUAUCUUGGCCAGAGGGAUUCUGCUGAAUGGACCAAGGACAAAGAAGCGCUGCAAGCAUUUGAAAGGUUUGGAAAGAAGCUUGCUGAAAUUGAGGAGAAUAUUACAAAGAUGAACAAUGACAAGAAGUGGAAGAACAGGACAGGUCCUGUUAAGAUGCCAUACACAUUGCUCUAUCCGACAAGUGAACCAGGACUCACUGCCAAAGGAAUUCCAAAUAGUAUUUCAAUCUAAGUUAUUUGCUAAAAUGUUCCCAGUGAUAUCAUCACUAGGUUUAUGACAGGCCUCUAAACUAAAUAGGCUCUGUCUAGCUAUCGCGUAGCUUUAUAAUGCUAAACCAUCUUCUGUUUUGGUUUUAUAAUUAUAAUAUGAGAAAUGUCUCUCUCCUUAGUUACAUUUGUGGUUUAUCGGUUUCCUUGUUCUCCUUUUGAA